ACACACUCUCUCUCUCUCUCUCUCUCUCUCUCUCUCACAGACACACUCUCUCUCUCUCUCUCUCUCUGUGACGGCGCGCACGCGUGGGUUCUGUGUUAAAGCUCCAGCGGUUGCGCCGUGCUCGUGUCCGUGUCCGUGCACGCGCGUGGGAGAACUCACGCUGGGUUUUCCCCUCCGUUUUGCGCGAGGACAGAACGGUGCGGCGAUGGAAGCGGUAAUAACCAGCGCAUACCAUCACAGUGUUAAUUAAGGAGGAGCGAAAGAAGGAGAAGAAGGAGAAGGAGAAGAGGGCAUGAAGACGCGCAGAGCGGAGGACAGAACAUAGAGUGAGUGGAUCAGCGCGCGCUCACAGAACCUUUAGAGUGAGCGGGGAGGUGAACCGAACCGAACCGAACCGAACAUAAAUAUAGUGUGAGAUUAGAGAAGUGCUUUAUUCCGAGUCGUUACUGCGCGGAUGAAGAGGAACAUCAUGAGGUUCUGCUCAGGUUCUGGAUGCUGGAUCUCUGUCCUGUCUGCGCUCCUCGCGCUGCUCCUCAUCCCGCUGCACGCGCAGGCAAACUCUGUGUUGGGAAACGUGACAGAGUCAGCAAGCCUUUCAAACUCCAGCUCUGUGCCAGCAGAAAGUGAUGAGGUGAAGCUGGACGAUAAAGUGUCCAAACCAGUCAGCAACAUGUUCCUCAUCCUCCGUUCUGGACGCAAACCCAGAGAUGGAGGGGAGCUUGGAAGUGGACUUCAGGAAGAUGACCAUCAUCUGACUUCCACUCCGUUUGCUAAAGAGAUCACAACCGAGGGCUUAAAAAUCAGCCUUGAUUCUGCGGAGACUGACCAUCUCCUGCUCGAAGUGACAAAAAAGGAAAUUCUUCCAGUUGCGUCCACUAAGAGCCCCUGGCAUGGCACUGAGGAGAAAAUGGAGUCUACGGUGUUUGAUUUGGAUGUGAAUCAAGACUCAUACCUGGACCGACAGGAACCUCCAAUUACCCUGAUCCCAUUCCCUUCCCAUUCCCCGUCCCAUACAGAAUCCUUCACAGUGGAUUUCUUUGACACCAGAUCCCAUGGUAAUGAGCUUGUCCCACCAUCUCCGACUGCCCAUGAGCUUCAGGGUCGUGAACCAACUGCUUGGGCAAUGCCCAAAAAUAACGACUACCUCACUCCAUACGACCAAAAUGUCUCUCCUGCCUCGGAAGAAGAAAAUAUCACCAAACGUGAUGAGCAUGAUGAUGAUCUGACCACCAUGUCUCCACCACCUCCACACAGGAACUUCCACCCUCACUUCCCAAAUCCUUUAAUCCCUGCUCGGGAAAAAGAACCACCCACUAACCAUAAUAAAUUGGGCAAAAGCAGCAGUGCCAAAUGUCAGAUGCUCGUUAAUGGGACCUGCAAGUCUCAGUGUGAUAUGAUGCCAAAUUAUUGUUUCAACGGGGGACAGUGCUUCGUGCUGGAAGGAACUGGAGUCUUCUGCAGGUGUAACAUUCAGGACUACGUGUGGCACAAAGGCGCUCGCUGUGAGUCCGUCAUCACCGAGUUCCAGGUCAUGUGCAUCGCCAUCGGUGCCUCGGCGCUCACCGUGCUGCUGCUCUUCAUGAUUGUUGUCUGCUUCGCCAAGAAACUGCAUGUGCUCAAGACCGAGAACAACAAACUGCGCAAGCGCAGCAGCAGUAAGUACCGCCCGUCGUCGGAGCAGCACAAUGAUAAUUUCUCCCUGUCCACCAUCGCUGAGGGCUCCAACCCAAACGUAAGGAAACUGUGCGACUCUCCUCCUCAUGCUCGUGCUUUGGCUUACUAUGAUAACAUUAUCUGUCAGAAAACGAUGAGCAGAUACACCUGGGAGUGUAAGACCAAAGAGGAGCCGAGCUGUGAGGACGAUCCAAACUCCCAGAAUAAGCUGGAGGACGCGGUGAAGUCUCCUCCACCCAAAGAGGACGAGUCUCUGAAUAUCCAGAACUCACUCACUCCAAAACAUGAGAAUCACAAGGUUCUGGGUGAGGAGAACUCCUCAGAGGUAAACUCGCUGCAGAACAACAUGAUGUAGAGGGGAAAUAAAACAACAAACCACACAGAUUCACCUCCACCUUCGCAACCACAAAGUCUAUAAUCCCGCCCCUUCAUUCUUACACCCAGUGAGAGUCCAGCUCUUCGUCCCACCCCCUUUUCUCAGAAUGUUUGCCCACUUUUGCCUCACCCUUCACACACACACACACACACACACACUAGUGAUAGGCAGUAUGAUUCAAUGUUUUUGAACUGCCUUUUUAAAACUUCCAUUAAAUUGGAUGUUUAAUUGCUGAUAAUGCAGUUAAAUUUACUUUUUAAAUGACCUUUUACCAACAGUGGUUGUAGCAGAAUAAAUCAGUUAUAUGAGUGUGUUGAAAAGUGUGUGUGUGUGUGUGUGUGUGUGUGUGUGUGUGUGUGUGUGUGUGUGUGUGUGUUGAGCAAUGAUCCUAUAUGUUAUUCAGAACAAAAUAAAAAAUAAAAAAGAGACAGCUUCAUCAUUCAUACACACAUUUAAUCUAGAAUAAGGAUCAUAAGAAUCAAGUUGAUUCAUGAACUACCCACGAUUCACUGCCUUUGAUUUGUAAAGAGAAAUUAAGGACUGUGAGUUAAGCUGAGUUAAGCUGUGAGAGAGAAAAAAAAAAACAUUUUUAAGCCAUCUAGAACACGUUUGACAGAAAUACUGAUGAAAGAUAAACACAGGUCAAACAGCAUGUUAGUUCUGUUCUCUGGUGCUGGCGAAUCGAUUCAUCUGAUUCAGUUAAAAGAGUCGUUCUACAAGAAUGAAUCAUUCGCAAAUUGAUGAGGAGAUUUGUUCAUGGCUGUGAAUCGAUUCAACUGAUUCACUCGAUUCACUUUAAAGAGCAGUUCAAAAAGAUCGAACCAUUCCUAAAUCGCCAAUCACUUCUCACACACACACACACACACACACUGAUUUCUGGCAUGCGUUGGUGUAUUUUGUAUAAAAGAAUAAACUAAGAUUAACCCGUGUAUGAGGUUUAAAGUGUAAAGUGUUGUGCUAGAGAGUGUUCACUCAGAGACGACUCGGUGUUCAGUGUCUGACUAAUUCAGUGUGUGUUUAAAUAUCAGAUCUAUAUCAGAUCAGUACUGCUCGGAUUGAUGUAAAGAUCAAAGCGCAGUGUGUGUCUCUGUUUCUUUGAUGUGAUUUCUAAUCCUUUGAUGUACUUGGUUUUUAUUUUGUACUUUUUUGGGAACAGAACAAAAAAAAAAAUCACACACUUGUUGAAAUAAAAUCUUUUUAACAUGAA